CAACUGCUGUGGUGCAGCCCAGGGCACACUGACGAAAGAAUCUUUGACACUUUGGACUGUUGCAAAACCCAAGGGGGGUGCAUUGAGGCUCUGCAUGCCCUUAACAUGGGGACUGUGAGGCCGGAAGAUUGCCACCAAACAGAAUCGACAAGCAUGACUGUCAAACAAGUGGAGACUGUUGAACCAGUGCAUGAUGAGUUUAUCGUCAUAUUUCCACGUAAGUGCCAGUUUUGAGAAAGACACUUGCAAAAACACUUUGCUGUAAAUUUUUAAACUCUUAGUUACAUUGUCCAGUCAGUUGAUGUGUUGUUCCAUUUCUACUAGCUGUUACUACUGUAGCUGUUGAUGUGGCGAGGAAGGUGGAGGUUGGAGACACGUCCACUCUUGGUAAGUAACUUCUCAGAGAGUGUUUCGUCAUCUAUUGUUGUGCCACAUCAAGGCUGUGUUUAUUCCAGAAACAAAUAGUUGGACAACUUUGUGUAUAGCUGUAGCCUACAUGUUUUCUCUAGUGUCAGUCAGAGCAUAUUGGUUUUUGUAUCUAAACAGUAGCGCAAAUGAUCAGUGGAUGCCAGGCGCCAUUUUGCAUGAUGUUGGUUACACUGCGUCCGGUUUAUUUGAACACAACCUUGUACUUCUUACACAGGAGAACACCUAUCCAAUAUUUACAUGGGGGAUUAUGCCUCAGCGUCAAUUGACUUCAUACAAGAGGUUUCUGAAGCAACAAAGUUAAUAUCCGAGUGUGGAAAGGAUUCUGUUCAGUCAAAUUACAUGGAACCACAACAGGAAGAACAGACUGGAGAGGGUCCUUACUCAGAUGGAAAGAUUUCUUCUCAGUCUGAGGCACAGGGAAAUUGUGGGAGAGGGAGAGGUUGUCCAAAUGGGCCUCCUGGCACUGGACGAGGAAGAGGUCGUCCAAAUGGGCCUCCCGGCCCUCAUCCGUGCAUGAACUGUCCAAUGACUUUCGCUCAGUUGGCACACUUGAGGGCCCACGAGAGAACACACACUGGGGAGAGGCCUUAUGACUGCUCUGAGUGUGGGAAGCGUUUCACUCAGAUAGCUCACCUAAAAGUACACCAGAGAAUCCAUACCGGUGAGAAGCCUUACAACUGCUCCGCGUGUGGGAAAAGGUUUGCUCAAUUGGCAUCCUUGCAAGUUCACCAAAGGCGGCACACCGGAGAGAAACCUUUCCAGUGCAAUCAAUGUGGCGCGAGUUUCUCUCAGUUAGCAAACUUGCUAGCUCAUAAGGCAAAACAUAUUGGCGGAGUACCUUACCCGUGCUCUGACUGUGGGAAGGUUUUCUCUACUGCAGGGAGUCUGAAGGUGCACCAGAGAGUACACACUGGUGACAAACCUUUUCAGUGCGGUUUCUGUUGUAAAUGUUUUACUCAAUUAGGAAACUUGAAAGCUCACAUAGAAAGACAUGAAAGAAAGGGGGAGACUUUGGCUCAGUCUGACUGAAAACAGAGGAGUAGAAAUCCUGAAAAUACACCAGUAGAAAAUACUGGACAAAUACUUAAAAGUUUGUGUGGACAGAGGUCUGAAUUAGGACGCCUAAAUCAUGUCAAUACAAAAAUAAGGGGUGUUAUAUCCCAUUAAAUACUUGUGUGUCGUGUCAGCAUUUAUUUGUGGAUAAUUUUGGAUUGCAAAAGUCACAACUAAUUAAGUAAUCUUGCAUCAGCAAAUCACUGCAUUCUCUGAAUGUAAUACAAAUUCAUUUUUAAAUCAGUUCCACUUCAAAUACCAGAAUUUUAAUAUUUAUUGGAGGCAAGAUUGGACAGAUCUUGGGAGAACCAGAACACGGCAUAGUCUGUUAUGGGAAAGAUUAGAAAAUACAUUAAGAAAAAGGUUUGCAGUUUAUUUUAGAAGUAGUGGAGCUCACUGUGAUGUUGUUGGAGUGAUGUUGAAUGGCCACCAGGGGGCUCUUGUCACUCUGGUCAAAGGGAAUCCCAAGGCCCCAGAGCAGUGACCGGGACACUGUGCAUUGUCUUAAGGCAGAUACGGCUCCUGGAGACACUUGUUGCAUUAGAAUAACACCAUCUGACGGAAGACAAUGGGACCCUGUGUUCAAAUUAAUUUUCUACACUUCAAUGCCUCAAUCUAUAGACCCCUCAAACUCAACUCUGGACCUCAAAGCCAGUGUUUUCUUUCUCCCAUUAUUCCCCUCUAAUCAGGGACUGAUUUAGACCUGGGACACCAGAUGUGUGUAGUUAAGUAUCAGGUAGAACAGAACCAGCAGGCUCCGGACCUUGUAGGGUAAGAGUUGAAUACCCUUGCUAUAGACUAUACACAGUAUACAAAACAGAGGAACACCUUCCUUAUAUUGAGUUGCACCCCCUUUUGCCCUCAGAACAGCCUCAAUUUGUCGGGGCAUGGACUACAAGGUGUCGAAAGAGUUCCACAUGGUUGCUGACCCAUGUUGACUCCAAUGCUUCCCACAGUUGUCAAGUUGGCUGGAUGUCCUUUGGGUGGUGGAUCAUUCUUGAUACACACAGGAAACGGUUUAGCAUGAAAAACCCAGCAGCGUUACAGUUCUUGACACACUCAAACCGGUGCCCCUGGCACCUACUACCAUACCCCGUUCAAAGGCACUUACAUCUUUUGUCUUGCCCAUUCACCUUCUGAAUGGCACACAAACCAUGUCUCAAGGCUUAAAAAUCAUUAUUUAACCUGUCUCAUCCCCUUCAUCUACACUGAUUUAACAGGUGACAUCAAUAAAUAAAGGAUUAUACCAUUCACCUGUGUCAAACUCGUUCCAUGGAGGGCCAAGUGUCUGCGGUUUUUGCUCCACCCUUUUACUUGAUUGAUAAAUGAAGGUCACUGAUUAGUAAGGAACUCCCCUCACCUGGUUGUCUAGGGCUUAAGUCAAAGGAAAAACCGAAAACCACAGACACUAGGCCCUCCAUGGAAUGCGUUUGACACCACUUGUAAAGGAAAGAGCAGGUGUUCUUAAUGUUUUGUACACUUAGUGUAGAUUAGACCAGACAGACGGGGGGGGGAGAUUGGGAAACCCUGGAUUAGACCAGGGAUGGGCAACUCCAGUCCUUUGGGUCCUGAUUGGUGUCACACUUUUGCCCCAGCUAACACACCUGACUCCAAUAAUCAACUAAUCAUGAUCUUUAUUUAAGAAUGCAAUUAGUUUUAUCAGCUGUGUUUGCUAGGGAUUUGGAAAAAGUGUGUCACUAUUACGGCCCUCAAGGACUGGAAUUGACCAUCCCUGGAUUAGACAAUAUAUCCAAUGAUCUACAGCAGGGCUUCCCAAUCCUCUUCCUGGAGAGCUACUGUCCUGUAGGUUUUCAGUCCAACCCUAAUUUAGCGUAUCUGAUUCAGCUAGUUAAGGUCUUGUUGAGCAGCUAAUAUGUAGAAUCAGGUGUGUUAAAUUAGGGUUGGACUGAAAACCCACAGGAUGGUAGAUCUCCAGGAAGAGGGUUGGGCAGCCCUGAUCUACAGAGUAUACCUGUUGAUUCUUGUAGAGUGACUUAUAAAUGCCUUGUUAUCAGCCAAGUACAGGGAUGGGCAACUUUGAUGGGGGUGGGAGUCACAAAAAAUCGGAACUCAUUAUAAGGGGCCAGUGGCUCGCGGGUCUAUUGCACCAUGUGUAUGUUUUCAUUCUACUAUUCUAACUCGCAACAGUAAGUUGAGACCCCGACUGAGUUCCUAAAAAACAGGAAAAUGUUUUUUUUGGGGGGGGUGUGAAUUGAUCCGAAUGCCUACACGCGGGCCACCAGUUGCCCAUUCCUGGCCUAGUACAACUGGUGUCAGAAUCAUGCUUACAUUUUGUUGCAAUUUGUCGUUAUUUCGGUUUUGAUAUGCUUUGCUUUUUGCAAUGUUUAAGAUGCUUUGUUUAUUCCAAGUUAAUAGGAGCUCACAAUAAUUUUCCUUUCUCCACUUUUCUUAAUCUGGUUAAGCCGCUUUAGAUCUUGAUUUUGCUUUAUUCAUUGAAAGUGUAUUGUUUUUAAUGUGCAAUCAUGUCAUACUUCACACCAAACAAAGCUGUUUGGUUUGUCUUUUGUGCGUUGUGGACCGCUGGUGACUAAUUCAUAAUAGUUAUGUGUCACAGGUAGCCCAUGGGUCUUAGGGGUGGGAGAGAGUGAUGGCUUGGCAAUUGAUUUCACAACGUGGUCAUCACAGGAAUGAGGUUGCAUUGAGCGUUUUAGUUUUUUCUUCAUCCAGUGGUCUAAGGCACUGCAUCUCAGUGCUUGAGGCGUCACUGCAGACCCCCUGGUUCGAUUCCAGGCUGUAUCACAACCGGCCGUGAUUGGGAGUCCCAGCGUCGUCCGGGUUUGGCCGGUGUAGGCCAUCAUUGUAAAUAAAAAUGUGUUCUUAACUGACUUGCCUAGUUAAAUAAAUAAAAAAUGUGGUUCACCAGCUAGUACUCCUCAUUGUUAUUUUGUUGUGUGUGUGUUACUGUCCUUGUGGGUACUGUAAAUCCCCCAAAGUCCCCACAAGGAUAGUAAAACAAGGGAAAUUCUCCCUCGUGGGGACAUUUCCCACAUCCCCAUGAGGACAAAGGCUAUUUUAAACUUAGGGUUUAGGAUUAUGGGGUUAGGGAAAAUAGGAUUUUGAAUGGAAAUCAAUUUUAGGUCCCCACAAGGAUAGUAAAACAUGCUGUGUUUGUGUCUUUGUUUUGAAGUUACCUCCCCAAACAUUCUGCUGCAUCCUGUGUAAACCGUUUUUGUUUACAGUUAAUCUCUACAGAAAUCCAGCCUAGGCUAUCAUUAACUGAACUACAAAACUAUUACUGGAAAGAGGAAGCACACAGCCAAUAUGAGUUCGCUUGGGUUUUCAAACUGUUUUUUGUUCCUUUUUCCCAAAUUAUGAAACUUUUUGAAAUCAUAAGCCUUGCUGACAUUCUGUGUUGCAAAAGUCCCAGUGAAACCCAACAUUUGUGUGGCAGGAAGGUUGCUGUGAACAACACUAAGGAAAAUAAAAGUAAUGUCUGUGUUACUCUGACCCUCUGAUUAAUUCAUCAUUGUUAUAUCUUCCUCUGCAUUUGGUUCAAUGAUCUGAAUUGGACUCUCCCCCCAGCCUCUCCCAUGGCAUAGUCAGCUAUGAUGUAUUAACUGUUCUUUUUAGAUUGAAUGUCAUUUUAACAUUGAUCUGAAGCACAUAUAUUUGUUUAGCGCCAAGAGUCAGUCACCGCUUUAUAUUCAUUUGCCAUGUAUCUAUAUCAUGAAAAUCCUUGUUAGUGUUAAAUGUAUGUACAUUACCCCAAUAAGUGAGGCAUGUAACUUAAUUUCUACUGAGUAGAUCUAUAACAACAACAAGAUCUUCAGGGAUCUCAUCUGUUUAUUUCUUUGAAUCCACAUUUGUUAUCUAUGUGAGAUAAAUCAAUAAAAAGCUGUUGUUAAAUGCACUGUAUUCUUGACUAUAACAGCUUUAUAACUUAAAGAAAAUAUGUUUGAGAUGAUCGCCUUUGAAUGAACUCUAAACUCACGGAUGAUGCAUAAAAAAAAUGACUGAAAUUAUUGACCCAAUGAACUCAUGGAUGAUGGCAGUUGAAAGGAUCAAUGCAAUCAAAGUUAUUACCGUUUCUCAGUAAAUGACCAGAGUGAAAGCUAUGUGAGGAUCCCAAGGUAUCUGUUGAGGGACCUCCUCCUACAGGGGCUGGCUGCUUUCUGAGCUCACACUGUUGCUAUAAAAAGCCAUCUUCCCAUUUCACCCAGCACACUUGUGGACUUGAUCAUCACUCUUCUGCAUCUCACAAUGGAGGAAACCUAUGUCAGGCAUGUGGAGUUGCUGGGCUUUGAGAAACGUUUCUUCCCCAGCCAGCACUAUGUGAGUUUGAGACUGCCAUUGUUGACCAAAAUACACAAUGGUUCAGUGGAGGUUAAUGCAGUACUUGUGGUUUGUUUCCCAGACACAGAUUAAGCCUAGUCAUAGACUAAAAAAGCAUGCUCAAUGGAGAUUCUCUAUUAAAAGUACUUCUUAGUCCGAUUCACUUCUUGUUAAUAGUGAAGAGAAAUGCUUAAAAAUCUUUAAUGUCCAGGUAUAUUAGUUAACAUUAAAUUGCUUUGAUAACAUUUUCAUUCAGCAAGAGCCAUUUCUGUUGAGCAUUUGAUUGGAGUUCUUCACUUAUCUUUUUGACUACUUUCUCUGAAGGUCUACAUGCUGAUGGUAAAAUGGAACGACCUGUCUGAGAAGUUGAUCUAUAGAGGGUAUCCGGAGAUCUACACCUUUCACGUGAGUAGCUGCCUCACACAACUUAAUAACCUGAAUGCAAAAAGUAGGAAAGAUGGACAGCUGUGUACGUGUAGUGUUUGUCUGUAUGCAAAUAGCAGUCGAAGGGAUUUCAUUGCUACCUCUGUAAAUGAAGCUUGUAAUAUGGAUAAAUGCUGUUGAAUGCCUGCCUUCCUACUACCCCCACUGAUCUGCAGUCAGUUGAUAAUGUGUCUGGGUUAUAGAAAUCCCUGAAGGAGAUGUUCCCCAUUGAGGCGGGUGACAUUGAUAAGAAAGACAGGAUCAUCCCUGCACUACCAGGUGAGGACAUGUAUCUGCUCCAAGGCUUACCUCUCCACCAUGAUAGCCGAUGUGUGGUUAGCGUUCUUGCACUGGUUGCCUGCAACACAUUGGUGGUGGAUGAGGUGAGUUUCCACCUUACCAUGUCAAGCGCUUUGAGCACCUAGGUGGAAAAUCAUGGAUAAAGAAAGUAUUGAUCACUCGACAAUUUACUAUAGAAGUGAUGUUGUAAUUCUAGUGUCCUUUGAGUGAUUCCUCACGAAACCCAGACAAAAUAAAUCAUGAUUUAGUCCUUUGGAGAAAGGAUUGUUGACAUUUGCAUCUAAAAGCAUAAUUGAGAAAUAAUGGAUCAAAGUUGGCAUAUGUAUGACAUUUUGGCCUUACCCAGGCCUUCUUUUAAGAUUCCCUAGUGUUUCAUAGGUAGGUGCUAUAAUGCAAACAUUGGUGUCAUAUGAAGUUUUACCGCUUGCUCUGUAAUAUAAGUAGUAUUUCAAUAAAAUAAAAUAAAAUAUAUAUAAAUAUGAACAUGGUUAAUUUUGGAGGGGGGCUAACUUUUCAAUAUAUUGUUGAAAAUUCUACGAUGCCAAUUUCUCUGGAAAUAAAUGGGCCUUAACUUUAAAACUAGCAGUGAUCCCACUCUGGAACUUUGAUAUGCCCGUUGAGCAUAUUAUGUUCAACAAUAUAUUGACAAAUUAGCCAAAUCAAAAAUGGUAUAUUUUCAAUAUUCAUACAUUUAUUUAAAAAUACAAACUUAUUCUACUCAUAUUACAGAGCAAGUGUGGUAACAUUUACAUUUUAGUAAUUUAGCAGACGCUCUUAUCCAGAGCGACUUACAGUUAGUGAAUGCAUACAUUUUCAUACUGGCCCCCCAUAACCCUGGCGUUGCAAGCGCCAUGCUCUACCAACUGAGCUACAGGGGACUAAAGCUUCAUAUGACACCCAUUUUUGUUUUGUAGCAUUAUGGAGUCUUAAAGGAGGCCUGGGUAAGGCCAAAAUGUCAUAAAUAUGGCAACUUUGAUUAAAGUUGAUUAAUUAUUUCUCAGUUAUGCUUUUAGAAUCAAAUGUCAAAUAUAUGUCAACAAUCCUUCCUCCAAAAGGACUAUUCUAUGGGUUACAUUUCGUGAAGAUCCCCAAAAUUAUGGUCCUUUUUUGUCUGGGUUUCGUGAGGAAACUCCUUUGCCUUUUUGCUUGAUUUGAAAACAUAAAAAAGUAUACAGGUAGGUGUUGAAUGCGCUUGGGUGAACAGACAAAAAAUAGUCAAUGCUUUGUAUAAGGAAACACCUGCUGCUGCAAUCCAGAUGUGACAAAUGUACUUCUCUUUUUUAAUACAAUGCUAAUCAGUAAACCAUAACUAAAUCAUGGUUCUGGGUCGGAUCUGAUAGCGCGAGUCGGCUUGGUUUCUGUCUCUCCCUGCUCUCAAUGUCACUCGCUCACAGUACGCCCCCCCCCCCCCCCCCGCCUGCUAGAGCGGCACCUCUCCAUCCUCUCACGCUUUAUCAGCUCUGGUUAAUAAAAGAGCUUAAAAAAUGAAUUUUCUGCUGCUUCCCUCAUUCGGAUCAGACUGGGUCUGGAUACGACCAGGUCUAUACGGAACGGGUCUAGUUGUCCUUGGGUCCGUUUGGAACGGGUCUCUAUUUAAAAAUGUUAUUUAUGCAUAUAGGGUCUGGGUGGGAAAGCCCCAGGUCCAUUUUGGAACAGGUCCAACUUUUUGGACCCGUGAAGACCUCUACUUUACAGUUAAACUGAUGGGUAGGGAUUCUGUAUGUUUAAGACAGGCAUAUUACGUAUUUUACACAUUUGAAUUUUUGUCAAACAGUUUGCACUUUCAUUUCUCCCUAAAGGCAGCAUGUUUUUAAUCCAAAGGUUGUGACCACUUGUGAUCCAAACCAUAUUAUUUAGCACAAAAACAAAACUAACUAACACAAGGACUUUCCCUCAACAGGGCUCAAGUGGUUAUUAAGGUUCUGUUGAUGCAACAUGGGAAAGCAGAAGUUCCAGACAAACCUCAUAAAUUGUAGACAAACCGCAUGAGAUUUGUCUGCAACUUCUGCUUCCCCAUGUUGCAUCAACACAACCUUAAACUUGAGCCUUAUUGAGGGAAAGUCCUUGUGUUAGUUUUGUAUUCGUGCAUAAAUGCAAAUUCAUUACUUAAAGAUCAUAGUGUGAUUUUCUGGAUUAUUGUUUUAGAUUCCACCUCUCACAGUUGAAGUGUACCUAUGAUCAAAAUUACAGACCUCUACAUGCUUUGUAAGUAGGAAAACCUGCAAAAUCGGCAGUGUAUCAAAUACUUGUUCUCCCCACUGUACCACUGUAGUAUACCAUUUAGAAUAUUCCAUGUUAAGGAAUGGGGGUUCUCUGUUUUCAAUUGCCCUGCUCAUAUUCUCCCUUUCCUUCCUAUCGUCAGCGCCAAAGUGGUUGGACAACCAAAAGAGCACAGAGACCAGGCAGAGCACUCUGGCUGAUUACUGCGGUUCUCUCAUCAACCUGCCCCCCAAGAUCUCCCGUAGCCAGCUGGUACGCAACCUCUUCAAGGUCCGACCGGAGGACGAGAACCCACCCGCUCAACACCCGUCAGUACAACUACAAGCACUGUCUCACUACUGAUCUGUAAACACUGUGGCUACAUUCUGAUUCUCUACCCUUGUCCUUACAUUUUAGUCAUUUUGCAGACGCUCUUAUUCAAAGCGACUUACAGUAGUGAGUGCAUACAUUUUAAUACUUUUUUCGUACUGGUCCCCCGUGGGAAUCGAACCCAAAACCCUGGCGCUUGCAGCAAUGCUCUACCAACUGAGGAAUAUGGUGGAAACUACCUCCAGCCAUGUACGCACCAAUCCAUUGCUUUUAAAUGCAUGAGGGGGAGUGAACCAGAGGAGGCUGGUGUGAGGAGCUAUAGGAGGAUGGGCUAAUUGUAAUAGCUGGAAUGGAGUCAAUGGAAUAGGAUCAAACACAUGGAAACAAUGUGUUUGACUCCAUUCCAGGAAGAUGUUCCCUUCCCUCUUCUCUUGUUCACCCCCUUCCCAGAUCUGAUAGGACUGGAUGGGUGAAAAGCAAUAUGGCGAAAACUAGGUGAAGUUAUUGCUUACUCCUACCCAGUUGUAUCAGAUCCAUUAAUGGAAAUGAACUAGGGAAGUGGACGGCUUCCUGGAAUGAAACUCAGCCUGUAUUACCUUUGCUUCUGGAUUGAUGAGUGAGUUCUCCAUGUUUCCCCUGUAGAUUAAAAAGAAAUGAGACCUUUGUGGUGUCCAAUGACAAGCCAAGAGACAACACUUCUGGUAAGACCUUGUCUCUAGUCUUUACCCUUUUAUUAACCCACUAAUAGAUACACUUUUCUUGCCAAAUGUGAGGGAAUAUGGGCUCUAGUGUACUAUAGUCCUGUUAUAAAGAGAUCUACCAUAGAGAUUUAAGAGUGUCAUUUUUGUGGUCUGUUCAGAGAUCUCUGGCCCCAUCAUAUUGGAAAGCUACCGGGUGAUUGCUGACUACAGCCACACCUCCAAGUAUGAGAUCACCCUGCAUACUGGAGACUUGGUGGAGAUUGUGGAGAAAAGCCCAAACGGUGAGUGACGAUAAGAGAUAACAUCACUGACCCAAUGAAUGGUCCCAGUCAGAGCAGAAGCCAUCUGAAAAUGGAGUUGCUGUAAAUCGGGGUGUUGUAUUCAGUGUACACUAGAUUACAGCACCAAGCAUGAACCAUGAACAUUUUGCAUGAAAUGAUAGGCACAAAAGUGUGCAUGUGACAAUGUGCACUGAAUGCAACAUACAGUUGAAGUCGGAAGUUUACAUACACCUUAGCCAAAUACAUUUAAACUCAGUUUUUCGCAAUUCCUGACAUUUAAUCCUAGUAAUAAUUCCCUGUCUUAGGUCAGGAGACUCAUGGGCGGCGCACAAUUGGCCCAGCGUCGUCCAGGGUAGGGGAGGGAAUGGCCGGCAGGGAUGUAGCUCAGUUGAUAGAGCAUGGCGUUUGCAACGCCAGGGUUGUGGGUUUGUUUCCCACGGGGGGCCAGUAUUUUAAAAAAAUAUAUGUAUUCACUAACUGUAAGUCGCUCUGGAUAAGAGCGUCUGCUAAAUGACUAAAAUGUAAAUGUAAAAUGUCAGUUAGGAUCACUUUAUUUUAAGAAUGUGAAAUGUCAGAAUAUUAGUAGAGUGAAUGAUUUACUUCAGCUUUUAUUUAUUUCAUCACAUUCCCAGUGGGUCAGAAGUUUACAUACACUCAAUUAGUAUUGCCUUUAAAUUGUUUAACUUGGGUCAAACGUUUCGGGUAGCCUUCCACAAGCUUCCCACAAUAAGUUGGGUGACUUUUGGCCCGUUCCUCCUGACAGAGCUGGUGUAACUGAGUCAGGUUUGUAGGCCUCCUUGCUCGCACACGCUUUUUCAGUUCUGCCCAUACAUUUUCUAUAGGAUUGAGGUCAGGGCUUUGUGAUGGCCACUCCAAUACCUUGCCUUUGUUGUCCUUAAGCCAUUUUGCCACAACUUUGGAAGUAUAAUUGAGGUCAUUGUCCAUUUGGAAGACCCAUUUGCGACCAAGCUUUAACUUCCUGACUGAUGUCUUGAGAUGUUGCUUCAAUACAUCCACAUAAUUUUCCUUCCUCAUUAUGCCAUCUAUUUUGUGAAGUGCACCAGUCCCUCACGCAGCAAAGCACCCCCACAGCAUGAUGCUGCCACCCCCGUGCUUCACGGUUGGGAUGGUGUUCUUCGGCUUGCAAGCCUUCCCCUUUUUCCUCCAAACAUAACGAUGGUCAUUAUGGCCAAACAGUUCUAUUUUCCUUUCAUCAGACCAGAGGACAUUUCUCCAAAAAGUACGAUCUUUGUCCCCAUGUGCAGUUGCAAACCGUAGUCUGGCUUUUUUUAUGGCGGUUUUGGAGCAGUGGCUUCUUCCUUGCUGAGCGGCCUUUCAGGUUAUGCUGAUAUAGGACUCGUUUUACUGUGGAUAUAUAUACUUUUGUUCCUGUUUCCUCCAGCAUCUUCACAAGGUCCUUUGCUGUUGUUCUGAGAUUGAUUUGCACUUUUCGCACCAAAGUACGUUCAUCUCUAGGGAGACAGAACGCGUCUCCUUCCUGAGCGGUAUGACGGCUGCGUGGUCCCAUGGUGUUUAUACUUGGGUACUAUUGUUUGUACAGAUGAAAGUGGUACCUUAAGGCGUUUGGAAAUUGCUCCCAAGGAUGAACCAGACUUGUGGAGGUCUACAAAAAAAAAAUCUGAGGUCUUGGCUGAUUUUCUUUUGAUUUUCCCAUGAUGUCAAGCAAAGAGGCACUGAGUUUGAAGGUAGGCCUUGAAAUACAUCCACAGGUACACCUCCAAUUGACUCAAAUUAUGUCAAUUAGCCUAUCAGAAGCUUCUAAAGCCAUGACAUCAUUUUCUGGAAUUUUCCAAGCUGUUUAAAGGCGCAGUCAACUUAGUGUAUGUAAACUUCUGACCUACUGGAAUUGUGAUACAGUGAAAUAAUCUGUCUGUAAACAAUUGUUGGAAAAAUUACUUGUGUCAUGCACAAAGUAGAUGUCCUAACCGACUUGCCAAAACUAUAGUUUGUUAACAAGAUAUUUGUGGAGUGGUUAAAAAGCUAGUUUCAAUGACUCCAACCUAAGUGUAUGUAAACUUCCGACUUCAACUGUACAUGGUGAUCCCUAAGGUGUCCCUGAUUAACCAACUGCUGCUCCUGGGUGGUGUUCAGUAGGCACAAAACAGAAGACAACAGACUGAAACAGGGAGAGAGUACCUGGACCUACCCAAUAAGAAACGCACAUUUUCAUUUUGAAACAUUUUAAAACGUUUACCAUUGCAUGCCCUACUGAACAUGACCUUAGCGCUCACUUGACCUUUGACCCCUCUACCAUGGCAGGUUGGUGGUUCUGCCAGUGUGAGGCCAAGCGAGGCUGGGUGCCCGCCUCUUACCUGGAAGCCCUGGAUGGACCAGAGGAGUCUGAAGAAGCCGAUCCCAACUACGCAGGCAAGUCUCACCACUUGCCAGGGCUCCAUCUAAAAUAAGAGCCAGGGAGGCUAGUGGUGUCACUAUCUACUAGUGAUUAUAUUUUUGACAAUAUCGCAAUAUAAUUUUUGCGCUAGUUGGCUGUACCUGCACCAAAACUUAUUUCAAAGCUUGUUCUCCAUCUUCUUUUUUAAAUAGGGGGCAAAUUUUGUUUUCAGCACUUUUAUUUCCAUAACUAAUCAAAAUGUAUUUUCUCAUGGCUCUCUCUUGUCCCUCUGCAGCAGACAUAUGGUGACAAUAUGUUUGGAACAUCGAAUCGCAAUAAAAUCACAGUAUCGAAUCACAAUACAAAUUAUAUCUGCACCUAAGUUUCGUGGUAAUAUCUUAUCGUGAGGUCCCUGGCAAUUCCCAGCCCUACUAUCUACAUUAGUCAUUUACAUUUUUAUCUAAUAUCUAUUGAUACGUGACACUGUUUUCAGUGAGGUCUCAGGAGAUUUGUUACGUUUUGUGUUGGCAGUAUACAUAGUAUAAUAUCAACCUAAUCUGAAACAAACUUUAAGAAGUUAGGGAAGCCAUUCCUCUAGGUGGUACACAAGCGUUGACUUAGAGCUCAUAAUUACAUUGUGUGUUGGUCCCCACAGGAGAACUCUACAUCACCACCAAAGCCUACAAGGCAGCACAAGAUGAUGAGCUGACUCUUGAGACGGGGGAAACUAUUGAGGUCAUUCACAAGCUCCUGGAUGGAUGGUGGGUGGUCAGGUAUGUAGGCUGAUUCUGUACUCUUCUACUCUUCCCUCUCUCUAUGUGUCUCUCUAUGAACGUCGGUCCACAGUCAGGCAGCUGUUUGGAUCAGUAGUAGCUUCUAUAUUUGCUACUGUUGUAUCAUGUAGCCACACACACACACUGUGUUUCUAAGUGCUUGUUGGGUGCAUAUUGUCUUGGAUAGGAAAGGAGAGGAGACAGGACACUUCCCCUCGAUGUUUCUCUACAGAACUGGAGAAAAGAAGGAGAUGGAGUCGGAAGAGCAUGUGAUUAGAAGACAGACACCUCCACCCAGACGGUAGGCCUACAAACUUCAGGAAAUGAGUUCCUCUACGGAUAAAGAAAGUUAUGAAAGAAUAGAAACUCUGACAAAGACGUCUACCUGGUCUUUCGUCAAUUGAUACUUCUCUUUUUAACGGUUGGUUUUAACUUCUCAUUUCUUCUUUCCACAUUUCCUCUUGGCUUUCAGUUCUACAAUCCGCAAUGCACAAAGUAUUCACAGCAAAGGACGGCAGCGCAUCAGCCAGGACACGUACCGCAGGAACAGUCGCCGCUUCCUGCAGCAGAAGGGUGGCCGGCCCAAUCAGCCCAGGAAGACGUCCAAGGCCUCCACACAGUCCCCGCUGCAGGAGAGGAAUAACAGAGGUAAACCUAGAGGUGCAAAGGGAGGGUAUAUUACUGAAAACGUUCAAAGUUUACCAGUAAACUACCAGAAUUUUGUUAUCAGUUUUUAUGUAAUCUAUCACAAGACAUCUAGUGGCCCUUUUGGGUACUUCAGAUUAUCACAGGUGUCUAAUAAUCUCUGGCCCUCUGUGUGGCUUUAUCGCAUGUAAAGAUUUAAAAAAUAGAAUGACAAAGUUGUAAAACAUUAUCCUAAAUAAAAACCAUCAACUUAGUGAAUACCACUGGUGUUUAAUAUGAGGGUUUCAGCAUGAAAUAUCCUUUACAUUUUCAUUUACAUUAAACAAAAAUAUAAACGCAACAUGUAAAGUGUUGGUCCCAUUUUUCAUGAGCUAAAAUAAAACAUCCCAGAAAUGUUGCAUAUGCACAAAAAGCUUAUUCCUCUCAAAUUGUGUGCACAAAUGUGUUUACAUCCCUGUUAGUGAGCAUAUCUCCUUUGCCAAGAUAAUCCAUCCACUUGACAGGUGUGGCAUAUCAAGUAGCAGAUUAAAGAGCAUGAUCAUUACACCGGUGCACCUUGUGCUGGGGACAAUAAAAGGCCACUCUAAAAUGUACAGUUUUGUUGCGUUUAUUUUUGUUCAGUAUAUUUGUUGUCAAUAUAUACAGGCAAGCUCAGCUCUAGGCACUCCUUUACAGCUCAGCUGUAAGGAACUUUGUGACAACUUCUACAUUUACAUUUGAUUUACAACUUCUGAUGUAAAAAGGGCUUUAUAAAAUAAAUUGAGCUCAAUCAUAUACUCCCAAGUGUUUGAAAGAUAGAUACUAUUUGAAACUGGGUCUCCGGUGGGGUAGUAUCGGCUAUGGCUUGCUCCCAUAGUAAAGGCCUUCAAUCAGAGAGCACAGAUGUACACUGAGUAUACCAAACAUUAGGAACACAGUUGUGUCAAGUUGGCUGGAUGUCCUUUGGGUGGUGGACCAUUCUUGAUACACACAGGAAACUGUUGAACGUGAAAAACCCAGCAGCGUUGCAGUUCUUGACACAAACCGGUGCAUCUGGCACCUACUACCAUACCCCGUUCAAAGGCACUUAAAUAUUUUGUCUUGCCCAUUCACCCUCUGAAUGGCACACAUACACAAUCCAUGUCUCAAUUGUCUCAAGGCUUACAAAUCCUCCUUUAACCUGUCUCCUCCCCUUCAUCUACACUGAUUGAAGCGGACUUAACAAGUGACAUCAAUAAGGGAUCAUAGCUUUCACCUGAAAUUACCUGGUCAGUCUAUGUCAUGGAAAGAGCAAGUGUUCUUAAUGUUUUGUAUACUCUGUGUGUAUUGCCAUCUCCAUAAAAGUAGCAAUGCGUAUGCCCAGUGUUGCCUACUUAGCAACUGUCGCUAUAUUUAGCGAGUUUUCAGACCCCUCUAUCCACACAUUUUCAAAAAAGCAACUAGCGACAAAUCUAGCGACUUUUUCUGGUGUUAUUGGAGACUUUUGGAGACUGACGUGAAAGCACGUAUCGUUCUUACUCUUCUAAACGAGCAGUGGGUGCCCCCGUGGGCCCCACCCCCGUGCCAAAGCACUCACAAGCGGCCCAGUCCUCGUGCAGCAGUCCCUCCCAGCUGCAGUCAGAGCAGGAGAUGUUCACCCCUUCACAUCCAGACUGCAAAUGAAUCGGGCAUGUGGGAAGCCGGCGCUGGCUGAUCCCUCCCGUGCUUACGUUCAGGGCAGGAUGUAAAUGUAGUGUGUUUUUUACUCACUAGAGACUUUUUGUCUCUCCCACAACGUUAUUCCUCUCUCCUACAGAGAUUAUGCAAAUUAGGUGAUAAAGUUUUUUUUACCAUUAACAUUAUGAAUGCAGAAACGUUUAAUGACCUGUCACACACUCUGGUAAUGACUGAAAUGCAUCUAUAAGGGGACACUACUCAUCCAGGGUUUUCUAUCCUCAUUGAAAACAGUUUAACUUUGCCUGAAUUCAAGCUAAAACGACACAGUUGAUAUAUUUUUUUUGUUGGGGGGGGGUGUUAUAACCGGAUUAUAGCUCCCAUCCAAAUGUCAUGAUGAAUAUAUAUAUAUAUUAAUGUCGUAGUAACCAGUCAACUCCAUUACACUCAAAAGUUACUUAAACAUCAACCAGUGAAUGCUAGCCAUCGUUAGCUAUGCUACCAGUCUGUCUUAAUGAGUGUUAGCAUGCUAACAGCAUACCCUGCACACAAAAAUAAUAUUUCUAAGGGGUAUGAAGUAGGUUAACGAUAUCAGCCAAAUAAUGUUGUAUCGGACAUUUCAAACAACAUUCCCAGCUAAUGAGAAACAGUCAUGGUAUUUAGUUUAAGAGAAUUAACGAGAUUGAGCAAAGAAAAUUUGGGCUAAUUUGAAUGCCCGCCAACGGCAGAUAUUUACAUCCGUACCCCAGUAGACCCCGCGUGACUGCUCCGAAACUUCUUGCUGUGUAUCCCUAUAAGAACUCCAACUCUUAGUCGGGGACUUAACGCACCGUCUCGAUACUUACAUUACAAAAAAUAGACGAAAGAUAACUUUAUUUUGGUGAGUGUUAAUUUUUUUGUGUAGUUGAAAAAAGUUAUACUUUAAUACAGUUGAAAUGUUAACAAAUGAGAUGUGCUGAAAUGAAAGCAACUUCCGUAAAAGUGAACACUCGGAUUAUAGUGAUAUUAUGUCUGGCCUCAAACACUGUAAAGGAUGCAUAGAUAGGUACAGUAUAACCUAGAGCAAGGCAUGUUGGUUUUAAAUUGGGUGUGUAUCCUUCUCUUGAAACACUUGUUGAAUUAUGCAAGCGAACGUGACAACAACAGUAAUGAAUAAUUAAUGAGGCAGUCUAGACUAGCCAUAUUCAACAGGUAGACCACGGUCCGCAUCCGGACCCAUUAAGCGGUCAAUACGGACCGCGGGUCCCGAAUAAAUACAAUAAAACAUUUUUAUUUUGGUUUUGGGAACUCAGUCGGGCUUUCAACUUACUGCUGUUGAGAGUUGUAAUAGUAGAAUGCACAAGGUGCAAUUUCGAAAUUUGGUAGUACAUGGGCAGUUUUCCUCUUGGUAUGUCAUUCGCUGACAGAUGUAGAGCUAUUUAUUACCUGUCAGAAAUGUCCAGUUGAUCAACUACUAGCCAAUGUAAACUAGAUAGGUAAAUUAGGCUAACCAGAUAUUUAAAUCUUGUUUUUAUCUUGGCCAGCUUACGUGCGCAGGGGCCUCAACCCCCAGGGGACCCCCAUUUGAUUUUGUUGAGUCACUCCGGUAUCUUAUAAACACACAUUGCAAAAUGUGAACAGAUUGAACAGUUUGGGGUUCCAUGGGUUGCGAGGUGGGAGUUUAUUACUACUACGCCGAUAAAUUACAAUAUCCAUUCGGAUCUUUGCCACCUAGGAAAUUUGUGUGAUGGGACCUUCUCAAAUAGUAGUUUUUUAAUUUUUUAUUUAACCAGGUAAGCCAGUUGAGAACAAGUUCUCAUUUACAACUGCGACCUGGCCAAGAUAAAGCAAAGCAGUGCGAUAAAAACAACAACACAGAGUUACAUAUGGGGUAAAACAAAACAACAGAAAAUAUAUAUACAGUGUGUGCAAAUGUAGCAAGUUAUGGAGGUAAGGCAAUAAAUAGGCCAUAGUGCAAAAUAAUUACAAUUAGUAUUAACACUGGAAUGAUAGAUGUGCAAGAGAUGAUGUGCAAAUAGAGAUACUGUGGUGCAAAUGAGCAAAAUAAAUAACAAUAUAGGGAUGAGGUAGUUGGGUGGGCUAAUUUCAGAUGGGCUGUGUACAGGUGCAGUGAUCGGUAAGGUGCUCUGACAACUGAUGCUUAAAGUUAGUGAGGGAGAUAAGAGUCUCCAGCUUCAGAGAUUUUUGCAAUUCGUUCCAGUCAUUGGCAGCAGAGAACUGGAAGGAAUGGCGGCCAAAGGAGGUGUUGGCUUUGGGGAUGACCUUUGAGAUAUACCUGCUGGAGCGCAUACUACGGGUGGGUGUUGCUAUGGUGACCAAUGAGCUAAGAUAAGGCAGGGAUUUGCCUAGCAGUGAUUUAUAGAUGGCCUCGAGCCAGUGGGUUUGACGACGAACAUGUAAUGAGGACCAGCCAACAAGAGCGUACAGGUCACAGUGGUGGGUAGUAUAUGGGGCUUUGGUGACAAAACGGAUGGCACUGUGAUAGACUACAUCCAAUUUGCUGAGUAGAGUGUUGGAGACUAUUUUGUAAAUGACAUCGCCAAAGUCAAGGAUCGGUAGGAUAGUUAGUUUUACGAGGGCAUGUUUGGCAGCAUGAGUGAAGGAGGCUUUGUUGCGAAAUAGGAAGCCGAUUCUAGAUUUAACUUUGGAUUGGAGAUGCUUAAUGUGAGUCUGGAAGGAGAGUUUACAGUCUAACCAGACACCUAGGUAUUUGUAGUUGUCCACAUACUCUAGGUCAGACCCGUCGAGAGUAGUGAUUCUAGUCGGGUGGGAGGGUGCCAGCAGCGUUCGAUUGAAGAGCAUGCAUUUAGUUUUACUAGUGUUUAAGAGCAGUUGGAGGCUACUGAAGGAGUGUUGUAUGGCAUUGAAGCUCGUUUGGAGGUUUGUUAACACAGUGUCCAAUGAAGGGCCAGAUGUAUACAGUAGGGAGAAAAAGUAUUUAGUCAGCCACCAAUUGUGCAAGUUCUCCCACUUAAAAAGAUGAGAGAGGCCUGUAAUUUUCAUCAUAGGUACACGUCAACUAUGACAGACAAAAUUAGGAAAAAAAAUCCAGAAAAGCUAGGCUAGACAAUCUGGACCCUUUCUUUCUAAAACUAGCCGCCGAAAUUGUCGCAACCCCUAUUACUAGCCUGUUCAACCUCUCUUUCGUAACGUCUGAGAUCCCCAGAGAUUGGAAAGCUGCCGCGGUCAUCCCCCUCUUCAAAGGGGGUGACACUCUAGAUCCAAACUGUUACAGACCUAUAUCCAUCCUGCCCUGCCUUUCGAAAGUUUUUGAAAGCCAAGUUAACAAACAGCUCACCGACCAUUUCGAAUCCCACCGUACCUUCUCCGCUAUGCAAUCUGGUUUCCGAGCUGGUCAUGGGUGCACUUCAGCCACACUCAAGGUCCUAAACGAUAUUAUAACCGCGAUCGAUAAUAGACAGUACUGUGCAGCCGUCUUCAUCGACCUGGCCAAGGCUUUCGACCCUGUCAACCACCGCAUUCUUAUUGGCAGACUAAAUAGCCUUGGUUUCUCAAAUGACUGCCUCGCCUGGUUCACCAACUACUUCUCAGAUAGAGUUCAAUGUGUCAAAUCGGAGGGCCUGUUGUCUGGACCUAUGGCAGUCUCUAUGGGGGUGCCACAGGGUUCAAUUCUUGGGCCGACUCUUUUCUCCGUGUAUAUCAAUGAUGUCGCUCUUGCUGCUGGUGACUCUCAGAUCCACCUCUACGCAGACGACACCAUAUUGUACAGUGGGGGAAAAAAGUAUUUAGUCAGCCACCAAUUGUGCAAGUUCUCCCACUUAAAAAGAUGAGAGAGACCUGUAAUUUUCAUCAUAGGUACACGUCAACUAUGACAGACAAAAUGAGAUUAUUUUUUUUCCAGAAAAUCACAUUGUAGGAUUUUUAAUGAAUUUAUUUGCAAAUUAUGGUGGAAAAUAAGUAUUUGGUCAAUAACAAAAGUUUCUCAAUACUUUGUUAUAUACCCUUUGUUGGCAAUGACACAGGUCAAACGUUUUCUGUAAGUCUUCACAAGGUUUUCACACACUGUUGCUGGUAUUUUGGCCCAUUCCUCCAUGCAGAUCUCCUCUAGAGCAGUGAUGUUUUGGGGCUGUCGCUGGGCAACAUGGAUUCAGACACUGCUAGAACAUCAGGGUUGGCGGAGUGUGCUAACGCAGUGAAUAACUCAAACUUAGGAAGGAGACUUCUGAUAUUAACAUGCAAGAAACCAAGGUUUUUACGGUUACAGAAGUCAACAAAUGAUAGCGCCUGGGGAGUAGGAGUGAUACUGGGGGCUGCAGGGCCUGGGUUAGCCUCUACAUCACCAGAGAAACAGAGGAGGACUAGAAUAAGGAUACGGCUAAAGGCUUUAAGAACUGGUCUUCUAGUGCGUUGGGGACAGAGAAUAAAGGGGGCAGAUUUCCGGGCGUUGUAGAAAAGAUUCAGGGCAUUAUGUACAGACAAGGAUAUGGAAGGAUAAGAGUACAGUGGAGGUAAACCUAAGCGUUGGGUAACAAUGAAAGAGAUAGCAUCACUGGAGGCACCGAUUGAGUCGGUCUCUGCGUGUAUGGGAGGUGGGACAAAGGAGCUAUCUAAGGCAGGUUUAGCUGGGCUGGGGGAUCUACAGUGAAAUAGUACAAUAAGAAAUAACCGAAACAGCAAUAAGCAAACCAUAUUGACAUGGGAGAGAGGCAUAAAGGAAUCACAGGUGUAAUUUGAGAGAGCUAAGACAACAGCUGGUAAUGGCGACACAGUUUGGGCUGAGGCUAAACAGGAUGUGGUACUGUAAAAAGGAACAGUCCAGCAGGCAUCAGCUGUAUAGCUGAGUUAUCAGAAGGUCCGGUGAACAGCAAUAGGAUAGUUCGGAGGUAGUUCGGGGGCUGCUAAAGCACUAGCGAGCAAGAGGCCACGGCUAGCGUGUGCUAGCGGGCCGGGGCUAGCAGAUGGAAUCUUCGUGGUCGACGUCGUAACGGGAAGCCUGUUGUAACCACAUCAGACGAUUUCGUCGGCAGACCAGUCGUGUUGGAUCGGCGGGGCUCCGUGUCAACACUAGGUGGUCCCGUCCGGUUGACAGAGAGGUAGAUAGCCGGGAGAUGGGCCUGGCUCAUCUCAUGGGCCUGGCUCAAAGCUAGCUCAGGCUGAUUAGCCAAACCACAACGGCAAUUUUGUUGCAGCUAGCUGGUAGCAAUGAAUCCGGUGUUAAAGGUCCAGUGAUUCAGUGAUUCCGGCAGAAAAACCGAUAUGUUCUGGGUCGAUAACGCGCUGUGCAGACUAGUUGAGUACACCCUGGUCUAGACAGUGCAGGUGAGCGCAGUUUAUAAUUAAAGGUAGCCUAGACAGAGGAACGUAAAUGUAUAUAUGAGUGCAUUAUAAGAAAAAGUGAAAUGUUACAAUUAAUUGAAUACCUGAAUUCCCACCAAUGCCUGAACUUCAUUAAUUAUUUGUCUCUCCCAGUACAAUGUCUUAUGUACUUAUGUGCUAUAUAAUCUGAUGGAUUGGAACAAUUCUAAAAGUUUGGAGUCUCUUUAUCUUCAUCCAAUGUCCAACUGUUAGAUUGAUCAGAAUUGUAUUUUUAACCUUUAAUUUAGACAAUUGUUGCUAAUAAAAAGUCCUUCAUAGUUCUCUAAUCUCUACAGAUUGACUUUAGGCCUGGUUUAUUGUGUUGUUUUUCAGACAACAUCCCAAAGACAGCGGGCUCUAGUCCGGGGUGUGAGCUGAAAGGGGCUCCCCUCAUCCCCCCUCGGCCCAGUCCUGAACUCAUCAUGGAGCGCUGCACAGAGAACACACGCAAGAAAGUCAGUGUCCGCAAAUCGAACUGAGCUUAAAGCUUUAAACUGUGUGGAUCUGGACUUGUGUCAGCAAUGCAAUCAGAGAUGGGUUAAUGUGCACAUUACAAGCUAAACAGCCGAUAAAGCCAACCAUGUGUGCCAUAGAGGGCAUUUAGUUCUUAAUGUUAGCACUAGCUAACUGCUUAUGGAGAAAGUAAAACAAUAGUGAAUGUAUACACA